GUUGACUGUAGCGCUCGAGCUCCAUUGAAAGUGUCUCCCCGGUUUAGAGACGGUGCGGGCAGCCGAGGGGGCGGACCAGCGAGAGGAAAACUUGACAGAGAACAGCAGCAGUCCCUGCGCUGACCUCCACUUACCCGACACGUUUAUCCGCGCCGAGCCGUGACAAAGGCAGUCCGUUAGUGCGUUCCGCUGAGUGAAGUGCCAGCGGUUUCAGCGGAGGCGCGCCCGGUAACGGAGUAACGUUUGCUGGAAAACGGAGGAAGAAGGUGAGGCAGCGGCAGAUCUUUAGUUGAGAAGAAGCGCCUCGGUCACAGGUAGGGACUCAGCCACAGGUAGCCUCGCGUUAGCUGUCGUGGCAGAAGAUAGCUAUCAAAGUGCACGCGGGUCAUGAGGAUUUCUCCGGUCGCUGCUCGGAGCGCCGCGUCGCAGCUGUGAACGCACAAGAAGAAGAAGCAGCAGCAGAAGCAGAAGAGGCAGAACACCGAGGAAGAAGCAGACCACUUCUCUGCCGCUCAGCCCGAGAGGAGAGGCAGCAUGUCCCGGAGGAAGCAGAGCAAGCCCCGGCAGAUAAAGCGUUCUCUUGGUGAUCUCGAUGGCGGUGAGGAAAACACACCAGACAACCUGAGCCUAUCAGGAGAGGAGGGAGGAGCCUCUGACCCAGAUGAUUCUGCAGAAGGCGACAGCUGCAGCCCGCCGCCGUACACGCCAUUGUACAAUGAAGAGCCCAGAACGCAGGACUCCGGAGGAGCUCCGGAUGAUAAAGACGUGGAAGGGGAGGAACAGGCCCCGAUGCACAGCGGCACGGAGGAGGAAGAGGAGGGCGAGGAAGAGCCGGAGGUGUUGCAGUGGAGGGGUCCAGAUGACCUGGAGUUAAGUGAUGAAGGUGGUGACAGCAGUGUGGUGACAGUACGAGACCUCCCUCUGGACACAGUAUGGGGCCCCUACCCAGGAAUCAUCCAAUCACAAAGCAGCACAGAUGAGCAGGAGACAGAGGACGCUGGGAUGACUCUCAUGUGUGAAGAUCCAGAUUGUUGGAUUGGUCGCCUCCCUCUGACCUCCGACGCCUCCACAGCAAACUGCACCAUCUACAGUCCAGGUGAGGAGUUGUUCUGUAAGGUGAAGAGAGAGCUCACAGCCGGUGAAAGGCUAGUGGCUCUCCUGUCGCCUCCUCUGAGCUCCUCCUCGCCGGUGGCCCAGCUCUCUCCUCCACUCAGCCUCGUCACCCACAAACAACCUGUGGUGAAGGAGGAGUCGUCGUACCCGGCGGCCCUGCGCUCAGACAUCCAGCUCCUCCCACAGCAAGCUGGCAUGGCAGCAAUCUUGGCUACUGCUGUUGUCAAUAAGGACAUUUUCCCCUGCAAAGACUGUGGGAUCUGGUACCGCAGUGAGAGGAACCUGCAGGCCCACCUUAUGUACUAUUGUGCCAGCCGUCAGAAGCAGCCGGCUGCAGCUUCCUCCCCUCCACAAGACAAACCUAAGGAGUCCUACCCCAAUGAACGCAUCUGUCCCUUUCCGCAUUGCAACAAGAGCUGCCCCAGUGCCAGUUCGCUCGAGAUUCACAUGCGCACACACAGUGGUGAGCGUCCAUUUGUCUGUCUCAUCUGUCUGUCGGCAUUCACCACUAAAGCCAACUGUGAGCGCCACCUGAAGGUCCACACGGACACCCUGAACGGGGUGUGUCACGGCUGUGGCUUCGUCUCCACUACGAGGGACAUCCUCUACAGCCACCUGGUCACCAGCCACAUGGUGUGCCAGCCCGGAUCUCGCAGUGAGGUCUACUCUCCGGGGCCAGGCCUCCCUAAGCUGCCCCUGUCCACUGGGCUAAGUCCGGGAGACUCUGGUGUAGUGCUGAAGUGUCAAGUUUGUGGCCACAACGCUGACUCACCUGCCCAGCUUCAGCAACAUGUACGAACUCACCUGGAGGUCAGGGUCCCAGCUGAAAGGAGCCCUACUCCCCGUCAAAGUACCCCAUCAUCAGUCGACCAACCCCAGCCGUCUCCCAAGGAGAAGGAGCCCCUAGCGUCAUCCAGCCCAGGCGCAAACGGGGCUCAGCCACACCUCGGGACUGGGCAGUCCUGCUGAUGACCAAAUCUUGAAUUAAAAAUCAAAGAGGAGCCUCAGUCAGAUUCUGACACAGAAGAGCAGCAAAUGGAGAUUAAGGAGGAUGAAGAGGAGGAGGUGAGCGGAGAGGAGGCGGAUCAGAGGCAAGAAGGAAGAAGAAAGAGGUGCAAAACGGCUUCCUCCUCGCAAACAACCGACUCUCCAAAGAGUCCAGCCACAACAACUGUGAAGGCAGAACCAACUAGUCCCACCCCUGGUUCCAGCCCUGCCCAUGUGGGAGGUGCAGGCUCAGUUGUUCCAGGAGGAGCACUGUUCCUGCCUCAGUAUAUGUUUAACCCUGAAGCAGCCAUCUUGCCUCAGGCCUCAGAGAUCCUGGCUAAAAUGUCAGAGAUGGUCCACAGUCGUCUAAAGCAGGGCCAGACAGUCGCUCAGAACAACCCGGCAGCCUUCUUUCCCUCUGGACCGACUGCACCCACAGCAACAGCCACUCCACCUCACAAAGGUGCUACCUGCUUCGAGUGCGAUAUCACCUUCAACAACAUCAACAAUUUCUAUGCACAUAAGAGGCUUUAUUGCUCCAGCAGGCACCAAGGCGAAGGCGCAACCUCCGCCUCAGCCUCCGGAUUGACAAGAGAUGCGGCCUCAGCCACUGUGCCUUCUGGUGGGACACGUGGCUCAUCUGCAUCUCCUCAGGGUGGCGCAUCAAGCAGAGCAGCCUCUGCCUCACCUUCUGACUCCGAACCUGCUGCAGGAAGUGGAGCAGCAGAAUCCAAGAGGGUUCUGGAGGUGAAGACUGAACCCCCCGCAGGGAGAGAGGGAAUAUCAUCCUCUUCUGAAGGGGAAGGCGCUGGUACAAGUGUGGGAGGAGGAGGAGGAGGAGGAGGAGCAGGAGGAGGAGGAGGAGCAAGUGAAGGCAGCCAGAGUCCUGCUAGUGGUUCUGCAGAGGAUCUUGACGAUGAUCCCAACAGAACCUUCUGCGAAGCGUGCAACAUCCGUUUCAGCCGUCACGACACUACACAAUACAACAAAAAAAAAACAACAACAAACACACCUACCGUUCACAAACGGUUUCUACUGUGUGCGUCACGUCACGACCCAUCCAAUCAGAGAGCCACACACAUGGCGAAGACGACCAACACAGCAGCCUUCAUUCCACAGCCCAUCCGAACACGCAAAAGGAAGAAGAUGUAUGAGAUUCACAUGGCAAGAACCGAAGCGUUAGCCAACGCUGCAGCCGCCGCUGCUGCUGCAGCCACUGCUGCUGCCUCUGCUCCAUCUCCCUCAGUUCUGGGCUUGGUAGUAAAGCAGGAAGUCUCUCCUAGUGGUACAGGCAGCUCCAGCCCUGAAGGAGAUGGCCCAAUUGACCUGAGCAAGAGGCCCCGUCUGAGAGAGGUUCCACGGCACAGCAGCGGCAGCAGCAUUCUCCCGGCUCUGCCUCUCACCGACUACCACAAGUGCACGGCCUGCAGCAUCAGUUUCAACAGCAUUGAGAACUACCUGGCUCAUAAAACCUACUACUACUGCCCUGCCACCACCCUGCAGCCCCAUACCUUGGAGCAGCUUCAUAGGCUCAAGAGAUCAGCCUCUACCUCUCCCAAAAGCAGACCUCAGCAGGAACGUCCAGAUCUUCUGCACCCUGUGGAGAAUAAAGCUCACCCAGCUGAGUGUGCCCAGGCUCAAGGCACAUCAUCCAGUCCUCACACCUCUGCCUUACCUGCUUCUGACGCUACAUCUCCUUCACAUACAAACGCCACACUUGCGGCCACUCCGGGAGCUGGAGCCAAAAGUGUAGUCGCGGGUUCUGCACAAAUGGUCUGCCCAUACUGUCCUAACAGGCCCAUCACCAGUGACCUGAUGGAGCAUUUCAAGUCUAAAACCCACGGCCUGGUUGUGACCAUUCACACAGCCUCCCCGGACACUCAGCCCCAUCCAGGCAGAGCAGUCAGCCACCCAAGCCUGAGUCCCAGGGAUGGAGCCUCUGCAGCAGCUUCAGCCAAUCCGACCAACCAGGCCAGACUCGUCUCUCGAGUUCACACAGCAAUCAAUGGACAAGCUAGAAGUGGUACAGCUUUCUCCUGUCUCUCCCUGGUGAAUGGCAGCCCCUCAGGGGGUGGAUCACCUUUAGCCGUUCAACCAUUGCCUGUGUCUCCCCCAACUCCCUCUCUGACUAUGUCACCCGUGCCUGAGGUCCUGAGGGAGAAGGUGGGGUCAUCUCAACGUUCCAGACAAGGCCACACAAACCGGGCCUCCCACACAAUCCCUGCACCCAGUGUCACUAAAACCCCCGUCAUCUCCCCCGUCCAGAACGGAACUCACGUCUUCUGCCGGCUGUGCAACAUCAAGUUCAGCAGCCUCUCCACCUUCAUAGCUCACAAGAAACUACUGCCUUCCCACAGUGCCGAGCAUGUUAAGUGAGCUGAGUCCCCUUUUUAACCUUUCCCUUCCCUUUUAUCUUUCUGAGUGGAAGUUUUCCUUCCUAAGUUUAAGCGGCUCAGAUGGUCCUCCUCCUCUGCCAGUGUCCCACAAGGUGCCAAACGGUGCUCGGCUGGCAUCACCAAGAAUGACAGUGAAUGACUGUUUACUCACCUGGUGGGGCCUGACACCUGGCUGCUCUCGGAGCAGAAUUCCCAGGUGGUGUUACUAACAUACAGUAACUGAUUCCUCUUAUGGGUCAAACUGUGUAGUACACUAAGAGCGAGAUUGAUGCUAACCUGCACACUGAUGUCCCCUCGUCCCAUAGAUCACUCUGUCUUUGUACACCCGUCCCUACUUCAACACUUACCACGCCCUCGCCUCACAGUGGUGUCAUUAAGGCACGCUAAAUCAGUCCACAUCAGCACCCCCACCCCCACCCCCGCCUCUGCUGAACUGAGCAGUAAUUCCAUUCUGACUGAUGAUGAUGAUGAUGCUGAUGCGUCUGCAGCCUUUCCCCGGGCUCUUUACGUUCCAGACCCAAACGGAGGAAUCGUUUCUCGUGUGUGGAAAAAAGACUUGAUCAUUGUUGUUUUUCUUAUCUGUGUAUAGUGUAUGAUGUCUGAAAAAAGAAUUCUAUAAUGCUUUUGGGUUCAACACUGGCUCUUUUUUGCUUACUAGAUAAGCUGAAGCAUUUUAGCUGAAAAACACGUGUGUGGUAUCACAAUGUUACUAAUUACCGAAGGAUAAUAUUUCAAAAUGAACAUUUUUUCCUUUCAUACACACAAAUUUUUAUUUUCUCUGUAAAAUGCAAGGGAGAAAAAAAAGAUGUGAAAUAUUUAUCUUUUAGUCAUCGCUGAUUUCAUGUCAACAGAAAACUACCUACUUAGUGUCUGAGAGUAUUUGUAUUUUUUAUUUGUAUAUUUUUCAUACUGUUGGAAGGAACUGUUUGGAUCUGGGUGUGUUGAAGUGAGUUUUCUAAGUGUAGAUAUGUAAUAUCUUUUCACAGUAAUCACUGGGAUCACACUGAACUUUGUCAUGUUAGCAUUUCAUUUAAUGUGGGCUGUAAUGGAUGCCGUCUGAAAACCAGCACAGCUUUUUCCUUUUUUAACCCCACGAUCAGAGCAGCACAGCUUCCUGGUUUCCACAUUAUGACGUCGCUGAAGCGCGCACACGUCUGUGUUGGUGCUUUGGUGAGACGGACGAAGGCUUCCAGGUUUUAGGUUACACAAAAUCCACAUUUUCAGUAUGAAGGCCGUCUUCAGAGAUGCAGACACAGCUUUACACUGUGUGUUGCAAACUUCACUCUGAUAUUUAUUAAGUGAUUGUAUUUCUAUCCGGCAAUGAAGGCAUAACAGUGAAGAGUCACAUGUUGGUGUAAGACCUCAUAGAAAAAAAGGAAGAGCACAUAUAAGCAUAUAUCGUGGCUGUGGCGUGUGUGUGUGCGCGUCUCUUACUCGUGCACAGAUGCAGCAGAUGUUCCCGUGCUGCUGUUGCAGCUGCGAUACAGUGUUAACUAGAACUGUGAAAUACGUUAGAUUUUUCCAACUUUGAUGCAAACUAACCUGCAGCUGCCACGGGGGGAAAUCCCAGCGUGUUUCCUCUCUCCCCCAGAUUCUCUCAGGACGGAGCUCUUUUCAUUGUGAGCUGCUAAAAGUGAUUCGAAUUUUCAAGAGACACUAAAAGUCAGAUGUGGAGGUUUUUAUAUUGAUUCCAGACCCAAAACACACUCUUAGAAAAUCCAUUGGACCUCCACCUUUUUUUAAAGCUGCAGCUUCCACCCCCUCACAGACAGAAUGGAGAGUUCUCCUGGAGAACAUUCACAAUUUCAGGAACCACCAUCUCCUAUGUUUACAUGUUUUUUCAGGAUUCCAACUCAACUUUAGGCUUAUUGUUAUGCCUGAACCAGAGCUGACGUCUCGGGAUCUGCAAAAAUCUGUUCUAGAUUUAUGGAACAGGUGUGAUAUCACCUGGCAAAGCAUCAUCAGUCCGUCCACACCGACCCACGGGCGGGCAGUGGACCUGCUUCCUUUUAAACAUUGUAGACACAUCAGCUGUUAACCUCUUAACAUCCAGCAGGUUCAGCAGCCUGUUUAGGAGGGUUGGCUCUGAUUGUUCAGCAAGUACAGUCAGAAAGCUGAAUAUUAAAAACAAACCUCUGGAUUUGGCCCUUCAGCUCUUAUAAGGGCUUUUCACUUUGAGUGUGUCAAAGAGACAAACAGUUCAUAAAGGGGGAGAAAAGUGCUAAAGGAGCAUCAGUUGGUUUAUUUUACUUUUGGGGGUCAGGGGUCAUCAGAAAACCUGCAUCAGCACCCUUUAAAGAAACAUGGCAAAGCAGUUAUUUAUAUCUGACAGUCACAGCAUUAUUGGAAUUGUUUGGAGAAGAAAAACUAAACGUUCUCCUCAGAAACUGUUUUAUCUCCACAUUUUUGCAUCUUUUGGCCUGUUUCAAUGAGACCAACCCAGGAGCAUUAACGAGCACAAAACAAAGUGAGUGACUAGUUUUAGUGUAGGAUACGACUUGGUGGAAGAGCUUUCAGUACUUUGCCUUUAAAACCAGAGAUUAUGUAGAUUCAUUUUUCAUAAUCUCCCUUCUUAUUAAAUUUAGGAGAGACACCCGGUGUCUGACAUUACCUGCUUGUGUUUGGCUUGGAGCGCCACUGUAGCCGACUCCUUUCCAGCUGUUUCCAGGUGUGCUCGUCUCUGGUCUGAACCUUCAGAGGAGCUCAGGGUGUCGUGAUCAGGCUCUAAAUGAAGUUUGAGGGUUUUUUUGUUUUUAAACCCCUGAAGGUCCCUUUUCAGGGUGCAGCCCCACCCCCAACGUUCCUCUUUCUUCUUUUUUAAUUUUUUUUUUUUUUUUUUUUGCUUGCUUGCUGAACUUUUCUGAUUGGUCAAGAACUCUUAACAUUUUAAGCUAGUCAGUCUCCGUGUCUGCGAUAGUGUUUCAAAUCUGUUUGCUUAUUUCACUCAAGCAUUUGUGGCGUUCUGAGAGCUUUUUGCUGCUGCUCAUCUCUUCCAGCGUUGCCUUCAGUGACCCUCUUUACAAAGCCGUAAAUCAUGAGCAAUAGCAGUGCAACUGAAUCUCAUCAAUGUUUACUGCUGUUACAGAGUCCCCUGCCCCUCACCUUGCAGUACCCGGUGUCAUUGUUGCUGUAUAGUCUUCUGCAGCUUGGGGAGCAGCUUGUUGUGCAGUGACUGACGCGCAUCAGUCCUUACACUGUGGUGGAAAUACAGAAACUGAUCUAAUAAACCUUUUAGUUCCUUGAAAAACGUUCCUGGCACUAAAAUUUGUUGGUAGUUUUGUUGAAAUCAUGGCUGUAGUCAUGUCACCUAGUUACAAAUUGAGGAACGGAGUGCUGGAAAGUCCCCCUUUGAUCGUACCGCCUUUCGUUGCACUGUGUUGUAUAAAAACGUGCUGAAUGUUUUAGUUUUAGCUACUUUUUUGUAACGUAUUUAUGUUUUACGGCACUUUUUCCCGUCCAGAAUGCAUCAUUGUUCUACCUUGAAGGACUUCUCUGAAAGAUUUUAAACCUUGAAUAAAACUUUUCCUUCUGUUUCAUUGUAAACAUGUUUUUGUUAAUGAUUUUUUUUUUUUGUCAUCUGUAAUGGAGAAAAUCACAAUGAAUGUCAACACUUAUUUCCAUAUUUUUCAUUUCAGUUCCACUACACUCAUCCAAACUAUGCAUGGGAAAUAAAAAAAGUUCUGAGAGACACUGA